GGAAGAAACGAGACCUCCGGUGUUAAAGCAGCUCCAGCACUCACAAGAGCCACAGCUGGUGUGGGAAGGUCAUAUGGAAUUGAAUUAAAUGAAGGCAAAGAGACUUCUGUAAAUCAGCAACAAAAAGAGCAGGAAUACCUCUCUGAAGCAGUCACCAUGGAGACCAACCAGCUUUCAGAAAUGGCUGAUCUAACAGACUGUAAAAUGGAUCCUGGGUGUACAGAGGACCAGACAUGUCAAUUCACAGAGGAUGUGAAUGAUUGUUUUGUCGCAUAUUUCUCAGAGUGCCUGGAUACCAGACAGAGCAACACCCACGAAGACCUGGAUGGGCAAGAAAAUGAAAAUCUGGAUGAGCAAGAAAACAAAGCCAUAAGCAAUGAAUGUGACAGCUCAGGUGAAUCUGAUGGGAGCAAAGACUCUCAAGAAGGUCUUAUGCUUAAGGUCAACGAAAAAGAAGCAUCAAAUGACAUAGAAUCUUUGACUUUAGCGUCUCAUGAAGACCCCCAGAUGAAUGACCAACCAGAAGAAGAAAUGGAAAUCAACAACACUUAUGAAGCCCAAGAGAAAGAACAGGAAGUACCAGAGGAGAAGGUGGAGCCACAAGAAGAACCUGAGCUGGAGCAGCAAAUUAAUGGGCUGGAGAUUUCUGAAGUCCCCAAUGAAUCUUGCCCAGAUAUGGAUCAAGACAACCUAAGUGAAUGUCUGGUUGUGGAGAUGGCCAUCAUUUCAUCAGAUAGUGAUGCAGAGGAGCCAUGGAGGUCUAUAGUUCCACCAGCUGUCGACAAGGAUAAGGCUGAAAAUAACGAUGAUCUCUUGGGCAUGGAUGAAGCAGAGAUAAACCUGGAAGACCAAGCAACACAAGAAGACAAUGAAGGGAUUGACAGCAAUGCUGAAGAUGAAACUUUGGCUUUAAGCAUUAAUGAAACUGAGAUUCUAGAACAACCAGACUGUCCCACCGAAUGUGAGUUGCAAGAUAUUUCUUUGGAGUCUACUGUCCAUUACUGCAGCUUAACCAAGAUUGCGGAAGAUGAAGAAGAGCGUGCUAAAACUACCAAGCACAGCCUGCAGCGUUUAUCCUGCUCAACUUCAGAACUCGACAAGAAGUUGCCACAAGACUUCUGCGUGAUUCAGGAAAUGAAGAGCGAGAAUGUUAGCACAGAGCAUUUGGAUUUCAGGGUGACUCGCAAGCAAUGGCAGGAGAUGGAAGAGCAAACGAAGGGUCUGGUGCACCGGCCAAUGGUUAAGCCGGGAUCUUGCCAGGGUGGACACAGCUUCAUGUACACUCCUGUCCGCAACAUCGAUCGCCCCCGAAGAGACCCUGACAUAGAAAGCCUUAGCCUUGGGGAUUACCAAUACACUCAGUUCAGCCCCUGUUCAGAGGACUCUGGUCUAGAUGACACAAGCUACAGGUCCCCUUAUGAUGAGCCGGAGACUCCAGUGGAGCGGGAGAUCCGUGAAGCUCUUGAACGAGAGGAGAAUUUCAGACGAGAGAGAGCAAUGGCAAAGAUGUCUUCUGGUGACCCUAUGCAAGGUAAACCUCGGCCUGCUGUUCUUCACCACAGCAGAUCAGAGCCUGGAGAGAGAGGACGGAUGUUUGACACACCGGAGGACAGGUGCAGGUCUCAGAGGUCUCCUGGUGCAAGAACUCCAAGUUUGUCAAUCACCGCCUCCUCUGGAAAAAGUCCCACAUACCAUGAAAUGACUGCCAACAACGUCAUUAUACUAGAACCGGAUUCGUACCCCACCAGCCAACAGAAAAAAGGGAAGGGUGGGCUGCUCUCUCCAAAAACAAGUAGCUUCCAAGAAUGGCCAUCAGACAUGAACAACGUCAUCAUCCUUGAGACGUCCAAUCUCAUCAUUCGAAGUGCCUCUGAAUUCUGCCUAAGCACUGCAUGCCAGGAGACUCAAGAAAGCACGUUUCAAAACAAUCCUUUCUUCAAACUGCGCUCCCACAGCACCCAGUCUCUGGUGGAUCAGGAGAUCAAGUUAGUCAAGCAAAGAGAAGAGGAGCUUAGAAGGCAGAGAGCACAGCUAUAUGUAAAGGAGAGAUACGACACAGUGCUUGUGUCCCCCAGCCAACUGCAGAAUUUCACUUAUGAGAGAUCAGGAGACGUAGCAAUAAAAUCUAAGUCAUCCCCCUCAUCUCCAUCGAAGACACGCAAAAUGGAUCGCUCUGCUAUGUCCUGUGACCAGAAGUUCCCUGAAGCACCUUACCAUCGAGUCAGACGAAAAAGUGCCCUGGCCCAGAGGUGGGAGGCUGGAAUCUUUGCUAAUCAUCAGGAACAAGACUGAGCAAUUUGAAAUAAAUGAAGCAUCAAAGCACAAAUCCAGUUUCCAUUAUAUCCAGUAUAAGCAUGUACAAAUAGUUUUAAGGUAAAAAGUUAAUACCGAUCUGGAACUAUAUAAUAGGUGAGUAUAAAAAUAUUCACACAUGAUGUAAUAUCUUUUUAAAAAUAUUUUGGCUGCAAAUAUUGAAUCCUGGGUACAUUUUUAUAUUAUUGCAGACGAAAAAUGUAUACAAUAAUAUAUUGCUAAAUUGCACUGUGUACAAAAAAUCAUGACAAACACUGAGAAAUGUAUUUAUUAUUUGAAUUU